AUGAUGGACGAAAACUCAGCACGUUUUCACCCGAAACGAGGGGGAAAGUCUCGUGUACUGCGUCAACAUGAAUAUUGUAUAAAAUCCAAACGGCUGCAGUACAACGAGAUUCAUCCGUCCUCAUCUGGUGAGAUCGACCAGCGAAUCUCUUCUUCAUGCACUUUCAUACUAAAUGAAGGUCCCCUGACAAGUCGAUCCCUGAGCCCGGCUGUCACGCGUGGUUGUCGUGAUUCACUCCCGUCACUUUCAAAAGCUUUACGUUCCUCUUCUCGGCCAGUGACACUUGGCCGUCAUCUGGGAAUUGUCCUUUCCCCAAGCCUUCAGCAAUCCGGACAGCCUUUGCCCACUCAAUCUCCUAGGCACGUCACCGCAGGAGCGCAUAUCAUUGAGGUACCGGACUCUUCUUCACAGAACGCUCUCCUCCGCCAACUUUUGCUCCAUGGGGGAGACAUGAAUGACGUAUCAGCACAGGAUUUUAAU